AUGGACGCCGGCGGCGGCGCUGCCCCGGCGCCGGCGCCGCACGGGGCCGCCGUCUCCCACCGCGCCACGUCGGCGCUCGCGGCCGUCAGCGUCUUCCUCGUCCUGCUCUGCCUCUUCUGGCGCUUCGUCUGGCAGUGCAGGAAGCACGAAGGCAGAAGCGGCCCCGCCAGAGUUGCCGCUGCCGAUACCUCCUCCUCCGCUCCGCCGCCGUCCGGCCCACCCCGGGACGGGGCGGGGGAGGCAGCACGCCACGCGCCUCGCACGACGCUCCCGGCGUUCGUGCGCGUGGCCGCGGCGGGCUUCAGCGGCGCCGAGAAGGUCGACUGCGCGGUGUGCCUGGCGGAGCUCCGGGACGGCGAGGGGCCGCCGUGCGGCUGGUGCCGGGCUGCGGGCACGGGUUCCACGCGGAGUGCAUCGAGGCGUGGUUCCGCGUGA